AUGCCGAACCUCCCUGACCGCAGAAAGGAAGAUUUUCGACCGUCGUACAUGGAUCGCUCGAUGAGAGACUUGGAUUGGGACGAGCGGGGGCGGGGUUCACGCAAGAGGCAGCGUAUGGACGACGACUAUUACGACAACACCUCCGAGGGCAACCCUCUGGACGGUGAAUGCGACGGGCACAAUGUGAAGGACAAGGAAUUUUACUCCGGGCCUCAAGAGGCCAAUGAGUCUGUCUUUUGCUUCAAGGGCGUUCUGUUCAAACUCAGCGAUUCUGCGCUUAAACGAUGUCCAAGCCUCAUGACACUCUUACUAAACGAAGACGGCCAGUUACAGCGUACUACAGACGACGAGCCAUUAUGCAUGCACAGCAGGGCGCACCUCCAAUGUACCCGCGCGAGUUUCAGGGCUCUAGUAUGGGCACUUCAUACCCCAGAGGAACGGCUGAGAGAUCCCCAACCCUAUGCAGACACCGACAGAAUUCUAACGCUCGCCCCAAUAUGCACCGUCUUCGGUCUCGACAUCCUUCACAACUGGGUUCUCGGAAUCAUCAAAAACAUAGUCGCCGACGACGUCCUCAUGGACUCCUGCGCCUCCGCCACCCUCCAGAAACUCAUCCAAGUCGCAUCCCGCCUAAACCUCGCCGACGUCCUCUCCACCGCUGCUAGCAAGUGGUACAAUCGCAUUCUCACCAAGAAGGAGGGCUCCAUUGUCGCUCUUCAAACCGCUGAGAAGUACAACCUGGACGACCUGCGAGGUAUCGCCUACUACGUCCACCUGCAAGAUAUGCUGGAUCGUCAAACGGCAUCCAAGGAUGGGAUAGCCACGGAACUCAAGGCUGAUGACAAGUUGAGCUCUGCCCAGGUGAUGCGUCUAUUGUCUGGGUACUGGUCCCUUGUCAGCUUCUGGGAACGCUUCAGAAUGGCGCCGUUGGAACUACCUCGAGCCCCGGAUUGCUCAGAAGCGGGUCACAAGAAAUGCUCAACGACAUGGGUCAGAAGAUGGAACUCCGCAAUUGGAUGGAGGCGCAUUUUGUCCUACAACUCAGCUGAUGCCUUGAAUCUCAUCAGCUGCUUGAGGGACCAACUCAGUAAUGACGAUGACUUGAAACUCAACGUCAACCCUUCGUGCAGGCUGGCGGGUUUAACUGCUUUGAAGACCAAGGGCGAGGAUGUCAAGAAGAACUUGAGAUCCCACUUCGUUGCAUGUAGAUGA